ACUGCUUCCUCUAAUCCACUUUAGAUUCUCCUCCUCCUCCUCCUCCUCCUCACCCUCUCUCCCCAACUAAACUAAUGGAGCGUGUUGCCACAGUUACCUCCGAUAAGUUAAACAUGGAGAUCCUUCCCUUCAUCCGCACAUACCAGAGCGGCCGCAUCGACCGACUGUACCAAAGCAAAAUCGUCCCUGCCUCCGUUGAUCCCCGCACCGGCGUCUCCUCCCAAGACAUCACCAUCAAUCCCUCUGCUCGCCUUAGUGCCCGCCUCUACCUCCCCCCGACCGCCAUCAUCUCCCGCACUGCACCAAAGAAACUUCCCGUCAUCGUCUAUUAUCACGGCGGCGGCUUCUGCACAUUCUCCGCCUCCUCCUCUCACUACCAUUCUUAUCUCAACUCUCUCGUCGCUGAGGGCGACGUCAUCGCUGUUUCGGUCGAUUACCGCCUCGCUCCCGAGCACCCUCUCCCCACUGCCUAUGAAGACUCAUGGGAGGCCCUCCUCUGGGUCACCGAACACGCCUACGACCAUAACUUUGGCCCCGACCGUCGAUUCGCUGAAUUCGGUGACUUCAGCAAGAUCUUUCUAGUCGGCGACAGCGCCGGAGCAAACAUAGUGCAUAACAUGGGGAUUAGGCUUGCGGAGAACGGGAUGGAAGUGGAGGGGUUGGCUUUAAUGCACCCUUUCUUUUGGGGGAAGGAGAGGAAUAGUAAGGCCGGGUCAUCUAUGUUCAAAACAGAGGAUUUUGAUGCUCUGUGGCCAUUUGUGUGCCCGGAUACCGUCGGGCUUGAUGACCCAAGAGUGAACCCGCUGGCGGAGGGUACGCCUAGUCUUGCGGCUUUGGGAAGCCGGCGGGUGUUGGUUAGCGUAGCAGAGAGGGAUUUAUUGAGGGAGAGAGGGAGGUCUUAUUACGAGAGGCUGAGGGCAAGCGGGUGGGGGAAGAAUGAAGCUGUUUUCUUUGAGACCAAGGGGAAGGAUCAUGUCUUCCAUGUCUUUCAAAGGCCGGAUGAGAAGGCGGCAGAGUUGAUGCGGCAUUUGGUCAGUUUCUUGAAGGCGGAUAGCAUACAAGGAAGAUACUCACUACUUAUGGAGAGUAUUCGAGGAAUUGAGGCAUCGCAGAUAUUACAGAACGCCUGAAGCCUGAAUUUUGUACUAGUGAUAUUGCAGAAUGCUUAUUCUUUUUUAUUU